CUGGAGGUACCAGAUCUACAAGUUCUGAUGUCUUUAAAAGGACAAGCCUGGGAAAUAAGGCGCACUUGAGAGCUUUGACAUUCAUCUUGACUCUCGUGGAAGUCCGACAGCCAAUCCCAUUUUGGCCUCCAACUGGGCAUCAUGAAGGCCUGUGUCCCCCUGAUACUGGCCAUGCUCUGCGGCCUGGCCUGGGCAGGAAAAAUGGAGUCAUGCGCAUCGCGCUGUAAUGAGAAAUUUAACCGCGAUGCUGCCUGCCAGUGUGACCGCGAGUGUCCCUGGUACUGGGACUGCUGUGACGACUACCAGCACCUGUGUACUGUUGAAGAAGACCCCAAAGAGCCAGAGCCGUUCCUGGAGCUAGAGGAAGAGAUGGAGGAAGAGAUGGAGGAGGCCCCGGCUAGCAACCUGUACUCAGCCCCAGACUCCUGCCGGGGCCGCUGCCACGAGUCCUUCGACAGGCACCACCCAUGCCACUGCAAUGCCCGCUGCCCAGAAUUUGGGAACUGCUGCGAGGAUUUCGAGAGCCAGUGCGGCCACGAGGGCUUCUCCCACAGCAGUGACGCCAUCACCACGGAGGAGCUGAAGGCCAUCUCUGAGAAGAUCUACAGGGCGGACACCAACAAAGCACAGAAGGAAGACAUCAUUCUCAACAGCCAAAAUGCCAUCUCGCCCUCUGAGACCAGAGACCAAGUGGACCACUGCCCGGAGCCGCUCUUCACAUAUGUCAAUGAAAAGCUGUUCUCCAAGCCGACCUACGCAGCCUUCAUCAACCUCCUCAACAACUACCAGCGGGCGACGGGCCAGGCGGAGCACUUCAGUGCCCAGCAGCUGGCUGAGCAGGACACCUUCCUCAGAGAGGUCAUGAAGACGGCCGUCAUGAAGGAACUCUACAGCUUCCUCCAUCAUCAGAACCGCUACAGCUCUGAACAAGAGUUUGCCAAUGACUUGAAGAACAUGUGGUUUGGGCUCUAUUCAAGAGGCAAUGAAGAGGGGGACUCAAGUGGCUUUGAACACGUCUUCUCAGGUGAAAUAAAAAAAGGCAAGGUCACUGGCUUCCAUAACUGGAUCCGCUUCUACAUGCAAGAGAAGGAGGGCCUGGUUGACUAUUACAGUCACAUCUAUGAUGGGCCUUGGGAGUCUUACCCUGACGUGCUGGCCAUGCAGUUCAACUGGGACGGCUACUAUAAGGAAGUGGGCUCCGCCUUCAUCGGCAGCAGCCCCGAGUUUGAGUUUGCGCUCUACUCCCUGUGCUUCAUCGCCAGGCCAGGCAAAACGUGCCAGUUAAGCCUGGGUGGCUAUCCCUUGGCCAUCCAGACCUACAGCUGGGACAAGACCACCUACGGAAAAGCCUACGUGGUGUCUUCUACCCGAUAG